UUCAAUUGUAGGAUUAAGUUUAGCAUGUUUUCAAUUCCAGGGUUGGCACAUGUUGAGCAGCAUCGUGAGUGGUCUUGAGAUAGUGUGUGCAAGAAAUGUAAGCAAUCAUGAAUGUAACCCAUUAGGACCCAGUAUCUUGCUAAAUCCGGAGAGCAGCUUCCUCAGUCACAUAUACAGGUUGCAUUGUUGGUAUCUCAGUGAUGAGGUUAUGACAAGUAUUGAGAAUAAUACCCACUAAGUAGAUUUUGCUGAAACAGUUUGGUACAGUCAUAGUCCAAAAGUAGUUCGCGAUAUAAUAAACACAAGAAAAAUCUAUUGUCUUAACACGUGAAAAUAUUUACUUUUAUCGAAUUGCACGGCUCUCGUCCUCUUCUCAACCAAACCUAUAUUUCAGCUGCCCAAACUCAGAUUUCACGUAGCAAAAGGUUUCUAAUUCUCCCCAGAAAAUUUUAAGCUGAGGUAUGGACAGCUUGAAAGUAAAACGUAUUUCUCAAGCCGUUUGAAGUUUUCGUCACCUGGUAACAAACUCUAGCAUUUAUUCAAAAUGGAUGUACAGACAUGUGAAACAUUUGGAUUCAGUCACACAACUAUAUCUCAGAAUGCCAUUUCUUUGCUCAAGAACAUAUGUAUUUCAAAAUCAAAAGAUAAUGAUUUCUUACAUAGAUGUGACUGUUAAUAGUGGAAACAUUCAGUCUAUUACAGAAAGCGAAGUUAAUAAUAUAAAGUCCUUAAUAAAUGAUUUAAGAUCACUCCAUAAAAUGAGAUGUUGCGCUCAUCAGAUUCUUGAAACGGAGUCCAUCAAAACAUCCGCUUUGAGGGUAAAACUUCAGGAAUUUAAAAAGCAAAAGAUAGAAGAAAUUUUUGACAAAAGAAAUCUUGUAAAAAUGCUGAAUGAAAAGGAAUUAAAGAACCUAGGCGAUUCUCUGAACUCCAUUAAAAGUAAUUAUGAGGAAAGUGAACAGGCACUUGAGAAGCUUACUCGUAUACUGAAAUUAUUAAGACUUCAUGAAUUAAAAUCAAAUGAAGAAAAUAGUGUUACACUUGAAGCUUUAAAUAACUGCUUAGAUAACAAGGCAAAUAAACAGAUAUUUUUGAAUCAAAAAAUGGAAGAAAUUGAAAUGACUGAAUUGAAGGUGAAAGAGACUGAAAAGAUGUUGGAUGAUUUAAAUGCAGAAAUAACAGAAGAACGUAGAAAUGCAGUAAGAAAAGUUAUCAUGUUGGAAGAAGAAGCGAGAAAACUAGAAAAAGCGCUCAAUGUUCAAAAUGAAAAAAACAAAACAUUAGAAAUACCUCAUCAAGAACUUAAUGAAUUAUUACGUAAUAAAAGAUUUGAAGAAUAUUCAUUAUCCAAUAAUGUUGAUGAAUUACACAAUAAUAUACAUGAAUAUAAAAUACGUAAAUCAGCUUUAUUAAAUACAAUACAAAAGAAAGAAAUAGAAAUUAAAACAGCUGAAGAAAAACGUGAUUUCAUACAACAAUCAUUGAAUAAAAUGUUAGAAGAACAUGAAGAAAGUUUAGAAAAUAUAAGAAAAGAAUUAAAAAAGAUUGAAGAAUCACAAGAGACCUCGAUCACAAACAUUGAAGCAUAUGAAAAGAAAAAGGAGAUUUUAAAAGCCGAUGAACAACGUUAUGAAUCUGAUAAGGAUAAACUACAAAAAGUUUUCAAGAAAAAAGAAACAGAAGUAAUACAAGUUGAAAAGGAAUAUAUGAUGAAAGCAGAAAAGACAGCUGAACUUCAAGAUCAAAUUAAUGAAAUGCUUGAAAAAAUGGACAAUUUAAACGUAUCAAAUAAAAGUAUAAUUGAUAAUUUAAAACAACAAGCUGAAAUGAUAAAUGGUCAAUUAGCUAAUGCACGUAAAGAAAGGGUUCAAUUACAACGUAAACAACGUAAAAUUCAUAAACAAGUCAAUAGUUUUAAUGAUGAACAAAAUUUAUUUAUACGUAAAUAUCAACGUCGAAUUAAUGAAACAAAAAGUAAAAUUAAUUUAAUUUAUAAACAAAAAACGCAAUUAGAAAAAGAAAUUGAAAUAAACAAACAAAAAUUCGGGGAAAUUCAAUCAACAAUGAAAGUUGAAAAAGAACACCAUGAUAAUGAAAGGAUACAUACUACAGAGAAAAUUGUUUCACUAAAUAAAUUGUUGGAUGAAUUCGUUGAAAAGUGUCAACAAAUGGAUAAGAAUAUUCAAGAUGAUCUACCAAAAUUGGAAGGAUUAAAUAAUAAAGUCAAAAAAAUUGAAAUGAUUGAAACAGAAACUAAGUCAUUUCAGGUCGAAAUGAAUCAAAAUAUUCGUUCAUUGGAAAAUGAAAUAAAACGAUUGAAUGAUGAGAAUAAAAAACUUGAUUUUGACCUAAAAUUAUCAAAAAAACAAACUAAUACCUUUGAAUUGGAUUAUAUGAAAAAGUUAAUGAAUCAAAUUGAUUCAUUAAAUAUUAAUGAAAAGAAUAUUUAUACUUAUGGUUGUCGUUUAAAAACAGUAGAAAUUGAGAAUAGUCGAAUUAAUACAGGUAUUACAAAACAAGAACAAUCAAUACAAACUAUAUGUUCAGAUUGGGAAAAAAUAUUAAGAUUUAAAUCAAUAUUCAAUAAUCAAUAUCAAUCAAUAACAGAUAUGAUAAUAAACAAUGAAAAUAUAGAAAAGAAAUUAAUUCAAUCAUCAAUAGAUCUUUAUAAUUAUUUUAUCAAUAUUAAAUUAAAAUUGAUAAAUAAUCAAUGUAUUGAACGUAAUCAAUUAUUGAAUCAGUUUCUAUCGGAAUUAAUGAUACAAUAUAAUGAAAUGAAACAAUUUUUUACAAUUUCGUCCCCUCCCCCAUCCAAAAAAAAAGAAUGGAGAAACAAAAAAAACAACAAAAAUACAUGAUGAUUUAGAUUAGAUUCAAUGAAUAUACUUGAAUUCAAUUGUAAACUAUUUAGUUAUUUUCUUGAAGAUAAACAAAUAAACAUGAAAAAC